AUGGAGACGAAUCCUCCUCUGAAUAUCAAGACUGAUGGCAGACCUAACCAGCAUGAAGCGAUGUUGUUAGAGCGUGCGCAUGCUGCCAAUGCCGCUGACCAUGCUCUCACCUGGUGGAAAGCAAUAUUCAAGUACCGGAAAGCCGUCUUCUGGGCGUGCAUUUUUUCGUUCACCCUGACUAUGCAAUCAGCUGAUGCGACUUCAACAACAUCUUUCUACGGCCAGACCCAGUUCAAAGAGAGGUUUGGCACCGUGGACAAUGGUGUCCUUGAAAUAUCAGCCGAGUGGCAAACGGGAAUCCAGCAGGCAAUGGCCGUGGGCGAGCUGAUCGGUCUUGCAGUGGCUGGCUUUAUGGCUGACCGAUUUGGUUGGAAGCCAAUCCUCAGUGGCAUGAUGGUCUGGCUUACCGGCAGUCUCUUCCUUUUUGCCUUUGCACAAAACCUGGGGAUGAUGGUAGCUGCCAUGGUUCUUUGCGGGAUCCCGUGGGGCGCUUUUCAAACAGGUUGCAUUGCCUACUCUUCCGAGAUGGUCCCAACUUGUCUUCGCCCUUUCGUCACGGCGUGGAUAGGCAUUUGCUGGGGACUUGGCUUCUUUAUUGGCUCAUUGGUCAACAGAGGCUGCCUGAACCUGAUCGGCCAGUGGGCCUGGCGUGUGCCCUUCCUUGUUCAGUUUGUGUGGCCCCUUCCCCUCCUCAUCUGCUUCCUUUUGGCCCCGGAAUCUCCAUACUAUCUAGUUCGCAGGGGUCGCUAUGAGGACGCUCGCACGACCCUGCGCCGCAUCCGGCAAAAGGAUAUAACGGACGAGGAGAUUGAGCAGUCCAUCGCCCUCAUUGACUAUACCAACAAGAUGGAAGUUCAAAUCAAAGAUUCUAGUAGCUACGCAGAGUGCUUCCGGGGCAAAAAUCGAUGGCGGACAGAGAUUGUCUGUAUAGUUCAGAUAGCCCAAACCUGGGGCGGCAAUGGCAUCAAUGUACAGACGGUUCAGUUUUUGGAGCAGGCAGGCCUUUCAGAGCAGGGCGCCUUCGAUCUGAAUUUGAUUCUCAACUCUCAGUACCUCACAUUUGGCCUGUUCUGCAUUUGGCUGAUGACGAAGUUUGGGCGAGCAACUAUCUUCACCACAGGCCUCAUCCUAAGUGACGUGUUCUUGUUUGCCAUAGGGAUUCUUGGUUGUGUCGAACAAAGCACGGCUGUCUCUAAUGCGGUUGGUUCGCUUCUCCUCGUGUCCACUGUAAUAUAUAUUUCAACCGUCGCUCCGUCUUCAUACACCAUCAUCGGCGAAGUGCCGUCGGGCAAACUCCGAGCUAAAAUGGUCUCCCUCGCCCGAGUUGCCUUCAAUGUCUCCAGUCUGAUUUCAAAUGUUCUACUUCCCAAGAUGCUGACCGGUGGGUCUUGGAAUCUCGGCGCUAAGACAGCCUUUAUGUUUGUUAGUGUCCUUACCCCUGACCUUUCUCCUGCUGAUUCCCGCUGA